GAUAGUUAUGUUACGGCUAUUUUUGUACUGAUAUGAUCAUGAGAAAUGGAAACAUUCAGCCCCUCGAUCCUGCUCCGCCGUUCACUAGGAUCGUGGUUGAUCUGACAUUUCUCAAGUCUACUGUCCUGCCAUUUCCCUGUAACUCUCGAUGGCCCUUCUGAUGAAAAAUUAAUCUCUGUCAGCCUUAACUACUCUGUCCCCUACAGUUCUCUGUGGCUUUAAGGAAGACCCUGUGGUAAUUCUGUUGGGCUGGGGAGGCUGUCAAGACAAGCACUUAUCAAAAUACAGCUAUAUGUACAAAAAUCAGGGUUGUAUAGUUCUCAGAUAUAUUGCUCCAUGGCAGCAGAUAUUUUUCACUGGAAUCUUCAGCAGAAAUCUCCAUUGCACAGCGAGAAAACUAUUAAAUCUUUUGUUUGACAUUGGCAUAGAAGGGCAUCCAAUCUUGUUCCAUGUUUUCAGUAAUGCUGGAAGCAUGCUGUACCGCCACAUAGUUGAACUCCAGUGUAACAAAACUGAAAUUUAUUUCACUAAGUUAAGAGUAGUUGGCACGAUUUUUGAUAGUGCACCUGGAAACCGAAACCUCCAGGGUAGUAUCCGUGCACUCAAGACUGUCUUGGGUUCUUCAACCAAUGUUAUUAUAAAGUGUAUUGCAAUUCCUGCAUUUGUUUUGAUUGUAGUACUUAAAGUUCUACUUUACCCAGUAACACAAUUUGUCUCCCUAUCAUUCUAUGAUGCAUUGAAGGUGGACCCAUCAAGGUGGCCUCAACUUUUCUUGUAUUCAAAAGCAGAUAAAAUUAUUUAUUAUAAGGAUGUGGAGUCAAUGAUCAAAAUUAGAAAAAUGCAGAAUAUUCAGGUGCAAUCUAUGGAUUUCAAAACAUCACAGCAUGUUAACCACUUCAGAGAAUUCCCUGAUGAGUAUUCUAACAAGUGCAUAAAUUUCCUCAAAGAAUGCAUUCGGAAAACAGCUUUAUUUAGAUUAUUUGACAAAAAAAAUGUAAUGCAAUGACCAACUUGAAGUCCAAGGUGGCAGUUUUAACAUAACAUUUUUAGAAAGAAGGAUAUCAGCCAGUACUGCCCUGUUUGUUGUUGAAUGAGUCCUACCAGAAAGUGCACACCCAAGUUUUGGGUGACCAGUGGCAUUAAGCUUAAUUAUAUGAUACCCUUCAUAUCUGAAUAACCUGUUAGUGAUUGUUCUCAUAUGCGAAAUGGCAACUUCAGUGAAAUCUGAAGGUUGAUGACACCCAACAUUUUAGCACCUUCAAUGUCAGGAAUUAGGAAGUUUUUAAAAUUUUCAAGUAUCUCAGGAUGUGUUGAUAUGCCUUUUAUUUAAAAAUGUUUGUGAUAAUUUUUGGAGAUUUUGCACAAAAAUGUUGGAAAACUAGCAAUAGUCACAAUGCCAGGUCCAACAGCCAAACUAUAUUUGUAAUUUAUGUUCUGGUAAUGUAAGAUCAAUCAAUCAUUAUCUCUAAAUUAUUUGUAUAAUAGAAGUAAACACAACAUAUUUAGUACUUUUGUAUGACAAAAAUGUAUUAACAGAGCAAUAUUAUUUUGUAUAGUUUACAGAAUUGGAAGAAUGUUCAAAUUAAUUUUCUGGGCAAGAGCCAGAACUUAUAAUUCCAUUUCUAAUUUUCCUGGGAAGGCGAUGGUGGUUUUCCUAAACUGUUGCAAUUCUUGUGGUUUAGCUUCUUGACAGUGCUAUAAGGCAGGGAGUUCCAGAGUUUUGACUGGUCUACAGUGAAAGACUUUAAAUAUUUUUAUUCCUUGUGACAUUCCUUAAAAUAUACCUCUUUGGUUGUGCUUUUUGUCACCUGUCCUAAAAUCUCUAUCAAACUUGGUACUGAACUACAUAUUGCUGUCAAAAGCCUUGGUUCAUUUUAGUGUGAAAUAUAUAUUUUUAAGUGUAAAUUAUCAAUGUUUUGCUUCUGGAUAAUUUGGCUGAAAACAUGUUGCCCAGAACUUGGCACCACCAUAGCCAUGCAAGUAAACUUUAUAAGCCUCUCCAUCCUAUAUAUUAAAGUCUUGCACUGGAUCUUUAUUUUGGUUCCUGAGUUAACCUUUUGUCUGCAGCUUUUAGAAAGUAAUUCUUAAAAAGUAUGCUCAAAGUUUUUAGGUUUUAUUUGUAGUGAUUUUUUUAAAACCAUUUUGAACUGCUACUGGUGUCAACUUUUGGCAUUGAAAUUGGAUUUAUUAUCUUAGUGUCUUAUCUGCACGUAUGUGGCAUGUUCCCAUUCUGGCCUCCGUGCAUAUUUCUAAUGUUAAUGAGAAUUUGCAAGUUUGGCAGUGUUCACAUAUGAUCUUUGUCUGAAUUUUUCUCUACUGCAAGCCACAACACAGGUUGGUUUCAGCUUCAGCAUCUUUCAUCCUAUCAUUCAAGGAAUGGAUCCAAUGAAUUCUUGAGUACUUGUGAUGCAAUCUUUAUAAUAAUGAAGUAAGAAAAAUCCUCUAUCUUUUUGGAUUUACUGUGACUUGAAGAUGAAUUUGAUAGGUCUUUCAUGUUUCCUUUUUUUUGUCAAACUUAAAUCCCUCUCUCUGUCUUGCAUUGCCUCCCUGAGGAAAGGAGGAGGAAAAUGAUACAGUGAUAGUGUCACUGAACGAGUAUUCCAGAAGCCCAGAUUAAUGUCCAAGGAGCAAGGAUUCAAAUUCCACCUCCAACAGAUAUUGGAAUUUAAAUGCAAUUAAUAAAAUAAAUUAUAUUAGAUGUGAAAUGCUAAUUGUCUCUACAUGGGUGGUGUCAGAGCUGCUGUGUUUCUGUUUUUAAUCCUAUGAAACUAUCAUUUUUCCUAUAUCCUUCAGGGAAGGAAAUCUGCCAUCCUUACCUUGUCUGGUCUACAUGUGACUCCAGUUCCACAGCAAUCUGGUUCUUAACUGCUGUCUGUUCCGUUGAAGGAUAAUUAGGGAUGGGCAACAGAUACUGUCUUUGCCAAUAACACCCACAUUUCAUCAAAAAAUACAUUUUUGAAACAUUGCUGAAUUUUAAAGCAGAAAUAUCUGACUCUGGUCAGUUUGCUUCAAAUGUUCACUGAUAAAUUAAUUAUUUUCUCUUUUUGGUAAUUCAAAUUGUUCCUGGCCGAAAAAAAGGGCCAUGAAAAGAAUCUGUGAUUACUGGGUAGGUGGCAUUGAGGCUAUAACUUGAUCUGUGUGAUCUUACUGAGUCCUGGGCAGAUUAAAGGGUUUAAAUGGCCAACUCCUGCUUUUAAUUCAUAUGUUCAUAAACAAAUGACAAGGUCACGGUGUAUAUCAAUGCAUUUGC